AUGAAGAAGACACAGGACAUGAUAGAGAUAAACCGAGAGAUGAAGAACAUAGACAAUGACAAUUUCUGUCACAGGGACAGCAUCCCUGGCAACAAGGAGUUGAUCAAGAUCCUAUAUCGUCAGGACACCCAGAUGCUUAACUAUGAGCACUACUAUAUCAAGAAUCUAGAGAGAUUGGGGAUGGUGGUCUAUAAGAACUAUUACAAGGAAGAGAGAGAGAUAAGACGUGAAAAGAAGAAUGAUCUCAUGCAACAGAAGCUGGAUGUGAUGAGGUUCUUGAAGAUGAGGAACAUAAAGAUAGAGAAGGAGAUAGAGGAGUUCAUGGAGGAUGAUAAUGUCCAAGAGGUGCUGUUGAAGGACAAGGUGAAGAAAGAAACGGAGGAUUUUGAAAGGAUGUUGAACAGGAACGAUACCAAGCCGAUAACAUCAAAGGAGGAACAAUGGCAGAACAAGAUAAAUAACUAUUUCAGGAAUGUAUCAGAGGAAAAGAGAGGAGAGCACAUAGAGAGGUACAAGGAUUUGUUGAUUGGUGGUCUAUCGGUGAAGAGCGAUGUGAAUGAUGAAGCCACUAGGUUGGAGGAUCCAAUCAUAGAACACAACAGGAUGGUGGCUUAUAUGUACAGAUCAUCGCAUCUGGAGGCAAUCCUGAAGAAGAAGAUAUCGGAGGACAACCCGAUGAGUGGGCACAUGUCAAUCUAUAUGGAAGCAUGGAGAACGAAGGAGAUGAUGAGGAAGUAUCUAGGGAACAAGGACUGUUUCAAUCUCGAGUGUCUGGACACAGGCAAGUACAAGGAAGGAAAGAUAAGAAUAGAUCCGGAUGAUGCGAAGAAUUAUUUUGAUGCGUGGGUGAUAGAGGAUUCAGAGGUGAAUCGAGAGAAGCUGAGGAAGAUAGAGGAGUACAACAGGUUGUUAGAGAACAAGGAGAGGCCUAAUUUUGCCAAACCGAGGAUAACAACAUAUGUGCCGGCGGAGAGUCUGAGCUACAAACAGAUCGCGGAGGCGAUAAGGAAGAGAUUGGAGGUCUUGUUCAAAUGUGGAGUGUUGUAG